GGGAAGCGCAGGGGAGGAGAGGGAGAGGAAGGAGGUGAAGGGUAAAAGGACUUGUGACGCGAUUCAAGCCCUUUAGGUCCUAUGUAGUUUCACCAGAGUCCCUACGUGGUGCUGGACGACGGAGUGGCGGCAGGGACAUGGCGGGCGGGGCGGCGGUGGUGGUGGCGGUGCUGGGGGUGCUGGCGGCCGUGCAUAGCCAACAGGAGACGAUACCAGAGGACCCGACCACUGAGUUCUACGUCCGGCUGCUUAGGUCACUCUUAGCGAACACGACGCACACCCUGCAGGACGCCCUCACUCGCCUGCAGGACAACACGGCGCAGGAGGCGAGUGUGAGGAGCCUGCAGGAGUCACUGAGGGACGUAAAGGAGUCAGUGGGGAGUCUGGAGAGAAGUAUUGACAACAUUCGUAAUAGUGUUGAUAACGGAGUGGACAGGACGCGCGUGGAGAUUCGCACCUUCCGUGACCGCGUGUCCGAGGAGCUGGCAGACCUCAGGCACCUGCUGGAGGACAAGACCAAGGGCGUCAACCACCAGGUGGCGGAGAUGGUAGCGGGGGACUGCCAGGACCUGUACGAUCUGGGACGCAACGCCAGCGGAGUGUACCACCUGGCGAGGCACGGGCGCGAUGUCCUGUGCGAGAUGGAGAGCGGCGACGGCGGCUGGCUGGUGGUGCAGAGGCGGGCGAGGGUGGCUGUGCAGGUAAACUUCGACGUGGGCUGGGACGAGUACAAGAAGGGGUUCGGGGACGUGGAGACUGAGUUCUGGAUUGGUAAUGACUUCCUUCACGUCCUUACUAACCAGAAGGCGUACCAGCUGCGUAUUGACUUCCAUGACUAUGAGAAGGGACCCUACUUUGCCUCCUACAGCACAUUCCGGGUGGGCAACGAGGGAAGUGACUACCCUCUCUACAUCGGUGACUUCUCGGGCAACACCACGGACGCUUUCACGUACCACCACGGACGCUCCUUCUCCACCAAGGACCGCGACAACGACCUCUACUCCAUCGGAAACUGCGCUGAGGAGUUCACGGGUGGCUGGUGGUACGACAGGUGCUACGAUGCUCACCUCAACGGCUUGUUCCCCGUCGUGCCGGACCGCCAGGAUGCCAAAUUCCUCACGUGGUGGGCACACGAGGGCGACAAGAGACUGCCCCUCGUGCUUGACAAGGUCACCAUGAGGAUCAAACCGAGACCAGUGUGACCUCCAGUGUAAUCUUGACCUUCAGUGACCUUUUAUGACCUUAAAUGUGACCUUGACCUUCUUGGGACUUUCAAUGUGACCUUCAGUUCUUGACCUACAGUGCGACCUUCAUGACUUCAAUGAGACCCUCGCCAGGAGAUCCCUUCUUCAUUCUCUCCUGUCAUUAACUUUUUUGGUCGUCCUGUUCUGGUUUACCUGGAAUUCCCCGUCCUUGUAACACCCAUACCUGCCUGAGUCACCCUGUAAGCUGUGUUAUUAUUAUUAUCAUUAUUAUUAUUAUUAUUAUUAUUAUUAUUAUUAUUAUUAUUAUUAUUAUUAUUUUACACUCAUGUAUAAUUGCUCGCUUAAACCGCCUGAUUCUUAUCCAUCCUAUCUCUGAUCCGGGAAGUCAAAAGUAUUGUUUAUCUUAGAAUUCAUAUUAGAAUAAAAAAGUCUAAACAAAUUAUCUGUUUUCUUUUUGUAAUUAUUCUUUUUUCCCCAUCAGUAAUUGUUGUUUUGGUAUCAGCCUCUAAGGAAGAUACUUUAUACAGCUCACUGGUAUUAUUUUGUAUUUCAAUUGUAUUUCUUUCGUUAUUUUUACCUUUUUUGUAUUUUUUUUUUCUCUUCUUCGCCUUCCUAUUGUUAUUUUCCUGCUGACGAGUGUUUGUUUUGAAAGGGAACUAGUACAGGUCACCUCUGUAAUCCUGUGCCUUAACUGUAUUUCUCCUUUAUCCCUUUGUAUCUUUCUAUUUUUCCCUUUUUUUCCUACUCGCUAUUGCUAUUUUUUACUGAUUUUCAAAGGAUACUCAUGCAUUUCCCUUGUGUUCCUAAAUUCCCUCUUUAUUUCCAAGCUACAAUUGCUAUUUUCUACCAGUUUUCAAAGGAGACUCUUGUAUUUCCUUAGUAUUCCUUUGUAUCUUCCUAAUCAACCCUGUUUUUCUCCACGUGCUACAGCCAUUUUCUACUGAUUUUCAAAGGAGAUAUAUAACAAUUCCCUUCUUUAAUUCUGUCUCAUUUGUUUUGCUCAGUUUCUUUCUUGUACGCAUUCCCCACAGAUCGCCUUCAGACCACCGGCGCCUCUCACUUGCCAACACCUGAGCGUUUCCAGGAAGGUUCACAACCAGAUAGAUUCCAGAGUUCAAAGGUCUCUUGAUAUUUUCAAUUCUUUCCUAUUUUUUUUUUUUUUUACACACCAGCAUUUGUAAGGACGAACACCUAACAGACUCAGACUUACUUGACUUGCUUUAAGAUUUGCAAUAUCUAUCUCCCUUUUAUUUAAUUGUUUGUACUGGUAUGUAUUAUCAACUCAUCUUGGUAAUAAGUAUGAUUUUAGUCAGUAAUUGCAUUUGUUAAGCCUCAGAUUCCUUCAUAGUUUUUUUUAGUCCUGGUUCUCUCUUCAAUGAUAUGACUGAAAAAGAUCGACCCAUGUAACCAUUUCAUUGUAUUAAAGAUCGACACGGA